AUGCGUUCUUCCAUUUCGCCAAGGUCGUGUUCUAAUCCUGGAUGUCGAAAUUCAUCACAGGUUAUAUGUGAUUGUUGUAAUAAAUAUUUAUGUAUGGAACAUUUGAAAGAUCAUGCUGGUAGACAAAGUGAUAGUCAACUUAAUUCAUUAAUUAGUGAAAUCAAUGUUCUAUCGGAUCGUUUUCAUCAUGUGUCAGUUGUUGAACCAUAUUUUUUCAAGUCUCUUGAUAAAUGGCGUGUUGAUGCUUAUCAUACAAUUGAUCAAUUCUAUGAGACACAACGUCGAAAUUUUGAACAAUUUAUAAGAGAAACUGAGGAUAAACAAAGAAAAGAAAUCGAUCAUUUCCGAUUGAAAAUUAAUGAUUUUAUACGAGAACAAAAUGCAAAACAAGACGAUUUAUACUUAUUAAAAGAUACAAUUAAAUUAAUCGAAAAAAAUUUAAAUGAUUUGCCAUAUAUUCAAUGUGAUAUUCGUCCAUUAGUUAUUGAUGAAAAUCUUGCUACAAUUAAAUUUAAGAAAAUUUCACAAGACGUUUUACCUCUUUCACGUCCCUAUCAAACAAUGAAUAUUAUUGAUGAUAGUUAUUGUUGGAUGACUACCAAUGACAAAUAUUUAUUAGUUCAUCAUAAACCUGAUUUAUAUUUACUCGAUCAACAACUAGCAAUUAUUGAAAAAACACCAUGGACACAUGGUCGAAUAUAUGUCAUGUGUUGGUCAUCAACAUUAAAUCGUUUUAUUGUUAUAACAAAUGAUACAAUAUUUACAAUCGAUGAAAAUCUUAUGGCUAUUGAACGAUGUGAUUUAAAUCAUCAUGCUAAUAUUUAUCAUAAUUGGCGUUCGGGUACAUGUUCAAAUACAAAUUUAUUUUUAUCAACAAGUGAAUUAGGUUCAUCACUCUAUGAAUUUUCACUGUUACCAUCCGUUCAAUUUAUUAAAGAAUGGACAUCACCAACAACAUGUCGAAAAGAUGAAUGCAUUGAUGAUUUAUGUUAUAAGAACGGAAAAUUUGCUAUUAUUAUUUUUCAUCAACCAACAAAUGAAAUACGUCUAGACCUUCGUUCAUCAACAACAUUAGAUCCGAUUUGGUCAAUCGAAAUUGGUCGUAUUGUACCACGACGUACAACGGGUUGUUGCUGGUUAAAUAAUGAUGAAUGGCUUAUUACAGAUGAAUAUCAUUUUCGUCUUUUUCAUAUAUCAACUAAUGGACAUCUAGUCAAAAGUGACAAAUAUGACCCAGCACCUUACAAUGCUCUACUAUUUGGUAAAGAUAUACUUGCGAUAAGAACUGUUACAGGUGUUAGUUUACAUAGACUAUAA